UACAGGGUCUAGGGCACAGAACUGGAGAUAAACGAUGCGCAAGAAGCUGUGAAUACUCUCAGGACCAGGUACUUCUUGCGCAUCAUUUCAUAUAAUGUACAGUUGAUGUUCGUAUGCGUGGCGAUUAAGUUUAAUUGAUCAUCAUUAACGACUCAGUUGCGUCACGCGUUCGAUCCCGUUAGGACGACCUAUUGCUCAAUCCAUGGCAAUAAAAAUAAAAAAUAACACAUUUGUAACUUACAACACUAAAAUUAUCAAUUAAAAAUAAAUAAAUUUUCAAUAACAAACUCACUUGUAUAAAUUUAAAAUAUAUUUUUUAUAUAUUUGUAUUUUUAAAAAAUAUAUAUCGUGAUAAUUUUAUACUUGGGUAUUGUGACCCGCGUGUUUAACUUCUAAGUUGAUGAAUCGUGAUUACUCGUAAGUGGAGUGUAAUAAAAGUUGACGCAAUGCGGUAGAAAUGAUGCGGAAACACUCCUUUAUUUUGUACUAAUUCCACGUGUUGCGACCGUCAUAUAUGCGCUUGUUUUUGACGUUACAGAGAAGUUUAAUUAAUAAAAUAAAUUAUUAAGAUUAUUGAAAAAAUGUCAUUUUCAAAACUUAAAUCAGCGGUAAUUAAAUUUCGUCCUUUAUUUUUUAAUUCUGUCGCUUAUGGAUCAUUUUAUACUGGAGCUGAAUUUUUACAGCAGACGUAUAAUAUUAAUCAAAAAGAAAAAGCUGCUGCAGUAUUGAAUAAAACCCCGGUCAAUUCAAACAAACUCUUUCCCGGUAAAUUCAAACUAGAAGAUUAUAAUGUACCCGUUUUGCGAAGAUAUCUCACUUACGGAUAUUUCCUCGCUGGACCAAUUCUCCAUGGAUGGUAUUCAUGGCUGGAUAAAAUGUUUAAAGGAACAGCACCUAAAAUAGUUGUUACUAAAUUGUUAUGUGAUCAAUUUAUACUUACGCCUCCAUUAGUCGUAUUAUUUUUUACAAGUAUGAGUUUUAUGGAAGGAAAAAAGACGGAGAACCUUUUGGAUGAAUGUAAAGCCAAAUUUGUAAAAACAUUUGCGACCUCAUGUAUAUUUUGGCUACCAGUGCAAUUUGUAAAUUUUUUACUUAUACCACCAUCGUUUCGCGUUUUGUAUGUCAGCGUAGCUUCUUUUUGCUGGGUAAAUAUUCUUUGCCAUUUGAAACGUACGCCCAUAGUACCUGCCAUUGAAUUAAAAACUAAAUAAUAAUGUGUAAGAUUUAAAAGUUAAUUAUUAUUGUUAAAAAAAAAUUUUUAAAAUAAUGUUUUAAUAAUUAAAAUUUUUUAAUGCACAAAAUAAAAUGCUCUUGAAUACUCUUAA